AUGAGAACAGAUGCUGAAAGUUUUGCUGCCAUGCUGUUUGUGUCAGCCCCGCUCAGGAUUCUUGACAAUCAUCUGGACUGCAAACACAAGACAAAGGUGGACAAAAUCUUAUCCCUGCAAGGAUCACAGAUAAACAUUCUGGAUGUAGCAAACAAUGAAAGUUUGUGCGUGUGUUAUGCUUUCAAGAUUGAAAGUGACCUGACUCCUGACCGUAACAAGUGGACGUUUUCAUUGGAUGGAGUGGUGGUAGAUCCUGGGCGUACAUAUUUGGUGUCAGUCUUUAAUUUACCAGAGCCUGAUAUUGAACAUUACAGGAUUUACAAAUGGAUCACUAUACCAGGCAGCCUCUGGGAUCCUAAAAUGACUGGAGCAGUUUCGGUGGAUGAAGGGCAUAAAAUGAUGACCAUCACAGUGGGCUUCGAUACUUCUGAAUGUUCUGAGAGAUAUAAAGUGUCACUUCAGAUCCCUGGUUUCACCAACUCAGAGGUAGUCACAAAGGAGAACAGAACAUCACUGGAUGUGACCUUUGACCUGGAAAUAUGGCAGCUUUUGGAGUGUGAUAUGUUCUUUGUGGUUCAGCCAUUUUUCAUAUGGUGCAAGAAUGACUGUUUGCAUUGCAACAAAACAUUUAAUUACUGCAUACAUUACACCAAGCCACCUCCACGCACUUUGCUGGUAAAAGCAAUGAUGGGAAUGGCCACAGUUGGAGAUCCUGCAAACAAAACUGAUGUGGAAAAUAAACCCACGUGUAUCCAAGUGCAGGAGAGAAAAAGAGUUCUCAUCAUCCACUCCCUCGACCACCCUUUGUACAAAAAUAUUGUUCUGAAGCUUUCAGCCUUCCUGGUGGCUAAAUGCGGCACGGAGGUGGUCCUGGAUCUGCUGGACUCUGCCAGGUUGGGAAUGCUGGGCAGCGUCAGGUGGUUAGACUGGCACCGGGAACAAAUUGAGGGAUCCGCAGAUAAGAUACUGAUCCUCUGCUCGCGGGGAGUGCAAGCCAAGUGGAGAGCCAUGUGCGGAGGCAAACAGGUUUUUCUGAGAGAGGACCUUCACUCAUUGAUGGGUGACAUGCUCACCCCGGCACUCACUCUCAUGGUGCCUGAUUUUGUGCGGUCUGCAUCCUUUGAGAAAUACAUAGUGGCUUACUUUGAAGAUGUCUGCUCUGAGGACGACAUCCCCUCCCCAUUCAACAUUACUGUACGGUACAAGCUAAUGAAACAGUUUGAGGAGCUCUUCUUUCGAAUCCUGGACGUUGAAAAGCACAGGCCAGGCAGAGAGAACCGCAUUAAAGGCCUUGAGGAGCAUGAGUAUCACUACUGUCCCUGGGGUCGAGCCUUGAGGGACGCCAUAGAAGCUUUUCAUUCAUAUCAGCUGGAGAAUCCGUGUUGGUUUGAAGAUGAACUGCUGAAGGAGACCCAGUUGGAAAAAGGCGAGAACUUGUCCAUGAACUCCAUUAACCACUGUAUGCUUGACUCCCCAUCCCAGGACCCCAACUUUAUGAAAACAAAGCAGUGUAACUUCAAUGCCUAUGCCAUGGGCGAACAACACCAAAUCCCCGCCUCAUUUGGGUUUGCUGAGGAUACACAAGGCCAUGUCUCUCAUCCAGCUUGGCAUUAUGGCCUCGAUUCAUGA